AUGUUAUCAUCUUACCAGCUCUGUCUUGUGGUGUUCGUAGCUGCCCAACUUGGUGAAAGUUUAUCUCAUAGCACAGAUGAAGAACACUCUCUUGACGGAUUCAGCAGUGAUACCAGAUGUGGUUGGGAUUGUAUAAUUACCGAGUCUAACUUCGGCAAAGAAUGUGAUCCUGUUUUUACCAGAAAAAGACUGAUCAAAUUUAAUGUUAUCUACGACCUGUUUGUCAACACGAAGUGCCUCAACCAAACAUCUUACAAAACGUUUGGAACUUUCACUGAUGACUUUUAUGUAUGGAUACCGGCAAAUAAUACGCUUUCUAGCUUUUCUCGCGGAAUUAAAGGCAUGUGGGAUUUGUUUUUUCGUUGCCUUGAGGAAGGAGAAAUCCGAGGAUUUUGCAACUUAGAGCCCGGAAGACCAACGACUCUGGCAAGCCCAACAGACCUCCGAACUGAAGCAGCAAACACCAUCGAAGAGAAGGGUUAUGAACUCAUUACCAAAAAUCCAUGGCCACACGUAGUCAGGGUCUUGUUGAUUUGGCUCAGUAUUGUUUGCACGUAUUAUAUCCCAGCUUUACUUUGUCUUUUCUCUCCUACACUGGUCAUGGAAAGUGGCAUUCUAUAUAUUGUCCUAGAAGGAGCAAGUCUAGUGAGUAUUCGAGCUCUGGUGGGGAACAAUGUAUUCUUCAAGGAUUGCUCAACCGUCGCAUCUACUUGGUAUCAAACGGGAAAAAUUUUUGUCGUCCGACUGCUGUUCAUCGCAUUUUUAAUCCUUCUUAUCGCGCCUGGAAGUAUUGUUUUUAACAUAACUCCUGGUUUUUCUUACAUUCUCUACUUGACCCAUCCGUUUAUGAGAGUUUGUGUGACACUCUACUUUAUUAAGGCGGUUUGUUCUUUAUUGUUUUACCGUGCAGUUGUGUCGACAGAAGUGAGGGACUGUAUUGCCUGUCAUGAAUUGAAAUCUAAUCCCGGUGCUUGUUUGUGUGUUGACCUUCCUCAGCGAAUCCUAAACCAUGUUAAAAUUCAACCGCUAAUUUUUUCUAAAUUUUGGAGUUUGUUUGUUGGAGGCCUUCAAAUUUAUUUUCAAAUUAUUUUCCUUUUAUGGAAAGGUUAUACACGAUGGGUUAUUCGUGUUUCUUUGGUUUUACUUUUUUUGCUCACUUUUCCAUUUGCUUUUAUUUUAUCACUUUUAGUGUCGCUAGUGACAUCUUUGUUUAGUUUUUACGCUGGAACGCCCCAUGUUGUCGCUUUGGAAUCCAACUGGAUGACCUUUUUGUCGAAGUUGUUGAGGUCUUCUCCGUUUGUUCGUUUACCAGCUUUGAAGAUAUGCGUUGAAUUCACCGACUUCUGUGUCGGGUUGUUAGAAUUUUUUGGCGGAUAUUACCUAUUGCUAUUUGCUUCUUUGGGAGUUAUGUUAACCCUUUUAUUAGCGUAUACAAUGGUGCUUUUCUUUCCUGAAAAAAGCCUCCCAUUUGCGGCCUGUUUUUUACUUUUAUGUUACCUACUUGUUCAGCAACUACAGCAAAUUCACUGACAGGUACCAUGAUCUCUCCCUAACAAUCUUUAACUGUUAUAAAAAACAAACCGAUCAAAUCUCUCAUGAGGAAGUGGACAUAAACACCACAAACAACCCUUCCGAUCACAAGCACAACGGUGGGAUGGUGAAAAUCCCGAAGGAGCUUUUUGAUAUGGCAUGUGAAAUGCUAAUGCCCAUUAGAGAGGCACUCUGCUUAUUUUGUUCCAAGGUCGUCUUCAUUUCAAGCUUUCUGUUCCUUGUCUUUUACUUCACAAUGCAACUCCAAUUCGGUGUUAAGCCUCUUACGAAAACUAUGGUAGCAGUUUUGAUCGGUUUGUUUCCCAAGAUCUUUUCUAAGUACUUCGAAGGAGAAAGACAAAAACGAGUGGAGGCCUUGAUCAUCGAAGAGAAAGCUCCUAAAAUUGUUGAAGCGUUCUUGAACAGUGUUUUACGAGCUAAUCAAGGGCAGGAAAAUUCUGGUGCUGAUACAGAUGAAGUAAGUUUACAAGUUGUUUAAGUUGAAGAGAACAUCGCAAUAAUACACAUGUAUUGACUAAAGAUAAACUGACAAGGAUGUUCAUCAGUUGUUAACCUGACACUCUUGCCAUUCCACUCGAUGUCUACAACAAAUGACACAAAUUUAAUUAAAGUUAGGUUUCUAGACCUUGACUCAGAUAAUUCAGCAGUUUUCAGUAUCUGAUAUACUUAUGUUAGUAGCGAGUAUAAUAUAACGUUGUAAAUUAAACAGACCUGAACUUUCGUUACAGGAAGGAGUUUACUAUCGAAUGAUAUUUGCUUUGUAGUUUCGUAAAAAGUAUGCAGAAUUACAUCACUGUAUUUAAAACAGCUCUUUGUAUCUUUAAUAAGGCUAGACUCACAUGUUUUGUUUUAGCGAUAGCUGCGUAGAGAACGUCAAAGGAAUUCAAAGAUAAUUUUCGGUAAGAUGAGAUUUGACCACUUACAUAUAUUCCCUCGUUUAGUUACCUAGUAUUAUUAUGAAAAAACUGUGUUUAGUCGGUAAAUCUGACUGUACUAUCCUUCCUCUCAAAAAUAUGUUCUCAUUUUUUUACUAGGCGUUCGGUACCUAAUCCCCCUGAUCAUUGUUGUUUAAUAGAGGUAACCAUUAUACGAACUGCUCUGCAGCCUAGAGGUAAACAUAAGGGAAGUACAAAUGACUGAAGAACAACAUCUACAUAAAGGCCAAGACCUUGAAUGCAGGUGGUAUAUAUGGGAUACUUGUAGAUAUAUUCUUCGUUAAAUCGAAACCCACUUUCCAAAAGCCCCUAGUAAACACCAUGCACAAACUGAGGGAACACUUGCAAACAAAACUAUUGAGACAAACAAGGACAACGUAUUCAGGAAGCCAUCAGGUAUGUGGAGGUAAAAAUCUUUAUACAGUGACACUAGUAAAACUAGAAAAACUACAAUAUUAUAUAAAACUUAGGGAUGGAUUAUUCGUCUAGACUGACCUUAAGGUAUAAAAUCGACAGACGAUUUAUUCUUGGUUUCGAGUAAGGGAAAGAUUAGCCAAAGGAACAAAGAACCAAAAUGGCGGCGUUCAUGGGCCCUUUUAAGGAUUUUAAUGAUUAUUAUUUAUCAUUAUUUACCAGUAGCGCCUGCCCUUCGAAGCUGAAGAAUAAAGAAACAACAUUUUAUGGGAGUUUUAACCAGUUUGCCUGAGUUAUGAUUUUAAAAAAAGAAAAAAGUGAAUCGAGACAUCUUUUAUGCUAAGAAACUUUCCGGUGAAAUUGGUCCAAGUCCUUGUUUGAAACGCAAAAUUUAGCACAAAUACGUCUCCUUUUCCCCAGUCAGUCCUAUUCAAAAGGCCUUUUAGUUUACGCCCAUGGCUAGUCACAAGCCCUUCCAACUGUUAUUUCUGCGUCACAGAAAUACGUAUGAAAAAAAUUCAACGUCACUAUCAAGUGAAGCACAUCAUGAGUAUCGAAAUGUUUGCAAUACUUGAAAGGUACAACUGUAAAGAUAUUAUUCAGUUUCGAAACAUCUGUUAUUAAAAACUGUUUUUAGUAUAAUGCAGAAAACGAGUAAAGGCACUAAUCAUUUACCCAGAGAAAGCGCAGGUUUAAUAAUUAUGUUAUUUAGUGCUAAUUAUCGAUAACAACACUGAAUUUUGCAUACGGUUGGCUUUCAUAAAGGUUAAUUUUCAUAAAGCAAAUGAUUUAAUCCAGAAGUUUUAGUGGAGCUUUUGAGAAAACUGGAAAAGUUGCCAAUCCUUUGAUUCACGGCACUGAGUACUAUUUUGCAAUGUAGCUUGUCUCCAACUGCUACGCUUACACUGCAGGCUACUAAUACAUCGAAUCUUUACCAGUGAGUAAUGCUCUUGGUCCGUAUACAAUGCCACGCUUGAAGACGUUUUUCAUUGAUUUCUGACAGGAAUAAAUGAUCUUGUUUUCGAUAACUUUAAGUGUUAUUCGUUUCUGUUCCAUUGUGUUCUAAGGCUAGGAGUGUUAUUGGGCAUGAUCUCAAAAUCAUCUUUUGGGGGUUCAGGGUUUUUGGUAGCCUUCAUUUUUCAUGUAAAAAAAUGUUUGGAAAGCUGGUGGAUUCCCGCGAAAAAACUAAAUGAUUUCUUAAAGGACAAUGUUAUCGGAACGUGAAUGCUUCUUAAUAUGUCAUAAAAAUCUUUUAAUUUAAACAAUCUCUCAAAUGCUAAACUGCCAAGGAAUAUAGAAAGCCACUAUCUCGAUCUUGCCUUUAUUUUCUCCUUUCAAAAGCUAUACGUGAUGACUGUCUGGUUCAUUGGCUGUAAACACAAUACUUUUAAGAUUGAGGUUUUUCGGCAUUUCUCUCGAACCGCGAACGUCAAGAGGUCACGUGACCAGGGCCUCUGCCGUCAGGUUUGGGGUUUGAUGUUCACGUUUGUACGGCUAGACCACGCUCCAGAGGUAAGUGAUUUACCGCAAUGUUUUUUGCACCAAACAUGAAGGAGAAAUACGACUUUUUGGAAAUCUUUUGCUGAUUAACUAUCGAAUUCUAUUUCAAAAAAACGCAAUUCUGAAGACAAUUUCUCAGCUAAAAUAGAAGUAAGUUACCACCCGCGAAUCUUAAGUCCCAAAUAUGGGCAGACGCGUAACCUUACGUUAAACCGUUAACCUCAAACCGCAGUUUGUCGUUUGCAGUAAAAUGACCAAACUUCGGUCUUAAUGAAGGUCUCUAAUAUCAACACCCAUCGAGGUAUAAAUUGUGCUUGCUUGGCGUUUUCGCUUCUUACUCCUGGAUUGCUUAUUCAGCCGAACCCCAGUUGUGCUUAGUACUCUCUGUGGCUCUCCCACCUUUUAGGAGGCCUGUAGAAUUAACCGUCCUCUUCACAAUUCUGUUCUGCUGGUUUCCCAUGAUGCUUGCCACAGUAGUCUUCCCUGAGUGGGCUGUACGCUACAUCCAUCAUGUCUUUGAAAAUUCCUCCACCAAAUAUAAGUCGGUAUUUUUAGAUUUACGCGGUCAGUAACGUUCCGGUUCGUUGUUAAACGGCAAUGCACAUGCAACGAUAUUCCUUUGACGGACUCAUUGGCGUUUAAGUCAAUGAAAAAGCAGUGAAGCAAGGCACUUGUUUAUAAAGGCGUAUAUACCUAUCCAACUGCCAAGACCAACGUUUAUCUCGCAUUUGCCUUCUUUCCAUAUGUGUUGAGAAUGUUAAUAUCAUCAUACCAGUUCUGUUUUAUGGUGUUCCUAGCCUCGCUCGUUGGUGAAAGCUUAUCUCAUAGCACCGAAGGAGAAUACUCUGUCGACGGAUUCCGCACUGAUACUAGAUGUGGUUGGGAUUGUAGAAUUACCCACUCUGAAUUUACCAACGAAUGCGGCGAUUCAAUUUUUACCAAAAAGAGACUUGUCAACUUUAAAGUCAAGUUUACGCUGGGUAUUGACACAGAGUGCUCCUACCAAUUAAGGUCUUAUAAACUAUUUGGCCAAUAUAGUGUAUGGAUACCGGCUAACAAUACGCUUUCUAGCUUUUCUCACGGAAUUCAAAGCAUGUGGAAUAUGACUUUUAAUAGUUGUUUCGAGCGAGGGAGAAUCGAAGGAAAUUGUACCUUACAGCCCGCCACGACAACAGCCCUGCCAAGCGCGACAGGCCUCCAAGCUGUAGCAGAAAAAGCCCUCGAAGAAAAGGGUUAUAAACUCAUUUCCAAAAGUUAG